AUGCUCAAGUUCCAUGGACGAAAGUCUUACAAUAUUGUGGCUAGAUCAUUCAACAAUCAGCACUCUAUCCAAUCUUUCGUGCUACACCUGAAGCCGGCCUUUGCUCCACGGCACCUCUGCACUCCAGACACAUUGUUCCGAAACAUGUCGGCUCAAACCGUCACAGCUGGUCGCAUCCUGAUCUCACUUGCCGCCCUGACGGAGAUCAUCGGGCCCUAUGCCGCCGAUUGGAAUGAGAGCCAUGUCUUCAAUCCUCGCUGGCCUCCCCAUGCGCACUUCCACAAUGGCCAAACCCUGUCCAUGGGACUCUUCACCGGCCUUCUCACCCUGUUCUACCUCUGGAAGAGCUCGCCCCAGCCUCCAGGAAAACUUGGCAUUUCGAAGCUCGACGUCGACAACUACCUCAAGGACAUUCACUUUGCCUCUGUCAUGUGCAGCAUUUAUUACACCACGGGCAUGACUGGGGAGAUGUAUCCCAAUGCCUGGGCCAUCGACCCUGAGUUUGGUGGCAAGGAGGCUGGAAGACCCCAGGUUUACUGCUUCUACGCCCUUUUCGCCAUUAUCUGGGGAGCAUACAGAUUGGAGCAGAAGAGGGUCUUUGGACUGCUUGAGCUAAAGGGAAAGGCCAUCUAA